GCGUCGAGGUGCUAACAGCUCUCCUGGUGCAACCGCGCCGAGGCCACCACCCCUGCUCCUCGGCCCUUCUUCGGCGACAUUUGGGGUGACCCGUUUCCUCUCGCGCGGUUUCAGGUUGGUGUCAACGGUCCAAGCCACGAUGGCAACGGUGUCGGGGAUCACGGUUGUCCUUAACUGCGAGGACGUGGUGUACGACAGGCACUGGCUGGCCGUAGAGUACAUCUGGGUCCUCGUUCCCUACAUGACCUACGACAUUUACGUCAUGUACCUCUGCCACUGGCACAAGAGCCAGGACAGGGGAGUCGCGGAGAAGAAGCACUCGCUGGCCAGCGUGCGGAGCUUCCUCCUGCAGGAGCGGCUGAUGGUGACCCACCACCUCUUCAUCCUCAUCGUGCUCACCCCCGUCACCCAGCACUUCAGGGGAGAGCUGGGGGACUUCUUCGUGGGCUGCAUCUUCACAGCAGAGCUGAGCACGCCUUUCGUAUCGCUGGGCAAAAUCCUCAUGCAGCUCAAAAUGCAGGACACGCUCCUGCACAAGGUGAACGGGAUCCUCAUCCUGGUGACCUUCUUCCUCUGCCGUAUUCUCCUCUUCCCCUUCAUGUACGCGGCCUACGCCAGGCAGGUGGGAAUCCCCAUUUACAUGGUGCCUUUCCGCAUCCCCCUGCACUGCAACAUAGCCAACGCCUCCCUCAUCGCCCCCCAGCUCUACUGGUUCAGGCUCAUCUGCCGCAAAGCCGCCCGACUCUACGGGCAGGUACUGCGCCAGCAUGGCCUCGGCAGCCCCCCGGAGACCUGUGGCCACUCUGUGCCUUUCAUUCUGUCCACAAUCAACGGCUGA